AUGGCGUUCGGAAAGCUCUUCACCUACCCGGGUAACACCCGCAGCACGGCCAUCCGUGCCGUCGCGAAGGCCAACAACGUUGACCUCGAGUUCGUCGACGUUGACACCACCAAGCCCUCUGCUGAGCACCUCAAGGCCAACAAGCUGGGCAAGGUCCCCGCCUUCCUCGGCGAGGAUGGCUACCCUCUGUCCGAGUGCAUCGCCAUUGCGAUCUACAUCACCUCCCAGAACGAGAAGACCACCCUUCUUGGCAAGACCAAGCAGGACUACGCUUCCAUCCUGAAGUGGAUGUCUUUCUUCAACUCUGAGGUCCUCCCCUCCUUGGGCGCCUGGUUCCGCCCUCUCGUGGGCAAGGACCCCUACAACAAGAAGGCUGUUGAGGACGCCUCCAAGGCUACCCUCAAGGCCAUCAAGGUCGUCGAGGAGCACCUCCUCAGCAACACCUACCUCGUCGGCGAGCGCAUCACUCUCGCUGACCUCUUCGCCGCUGGCCUCAUCGCCCGUGGCUUCGAGUUCUUCUUCGACAAGCAGUGGCGCCAGGAGAACCCCAGCGUCACCCGCUGGUACGACACCAUCGUCAACCAGGACAUCUGGACCGCCGUUGCCGAGAAGCAGGAGUACCUCGAGACCCCUAAGCUCACCAACGUCGCCCCUAAGAAGCCUGAGCAGCCUAAGAAGGAGGCUGCCCCCAAGAAGGAGGCUGCCCCUGCUCCUGCCGCCGAGGAGCCCGCUGCCGCCCCCAAGCCCAAGCACCCCCUUGCUGAGCUCCCCCGCGCCACUUUCGACCUUGAGGAGUGGAAGCGUCAGUACUCCAACAUCAAGAACCACGAUGAGGCUAUGAAGUGGUUCUGGGACAACGCCAACUUUGAGGAGUUCUCCCUCUGGAAGGUCAAGUACAAGUACAACGACGAGCUCACCUUGACCUUCAUGUCCAACAACCUCAUUGGUGGCUUCAACAACCGCCUCGAGGCUUCCCGCAAGUUCAUCUUCGGAUGUGCUGCCGUCUACGGCCAGAACAACGACUCCGUCAUUGAGGGUGCCUUCGUCGUCCGCGGCCAGGACUACAAGCCCGCCUUCGACGUCGCUCCCGACUACGAGAGCUACGACUUCGAGAAGCUCGACCCCUCCAAGCCUGAGGACCAGCAGUUUGUCUCUGACUCCUGGGGCUGGGAGAAGCCCACCACCCACAACGGCAAGGAGUACCCCGUUGCCGACGGCAAGGUCUUCAAAUAA